CUAUUGCCCUGGCUGUGAUCUAUAUAUACACAGGCUGCUGGCUAUGGAGAGAUAACUAAUUCUAGAAGUUACAAGUGAUUACAUCUCUGCUGAGCUGGAAAACACACCAUGGUCUGGAGAAUGACUUCUUGCCUGGUCCUAUUCACUCUCUGCUUGCUACAUCAUGUAAGUGUCACUUUGUCUCACUGUGCUGAGUCUGUAAGGGUUUGUAGCAGCUAUACAUCAGGCUGUGCUAAUCCUUCUAAGAAGAUACAAUAUAUUCUAUUCAGUCUGAGUGGGGAUUUAUUUUCAAUCAAACAUGAACUGCACAGAGAGAGUGUAACUAUUACUUUAUAUGUGUAUCUAUUACCAGCAGGUCUGUACAGUACAAUAUGCAGAUUUUAGUACAUUGAUGGUUAGUUCUGUAAAUCUGUCUGGAUCAGUUUACCAAGAGAACAAUUCACAGCAUGCCCAGCCAGACUAGUUCAAUUGAAAUCUUGUUUUUGUUAGUUUGUUUGUUAUGUGCAUUAUAUUAGUGAUUUCUACUUUGCUAAGGACUAAGGGCUCCUGAUCUAGGCUUUAUGGGGGAGUUUCAAUAAUCAGAUUCUUGAGAUAGAUAAAUGUGUGUGGUUUGAAAGAAAGAUCUGUACUAGGAAUGCAUAUUGUGGUACCCUGUGAUUGCUGUAGUCUUUUGGUAUGGAGCAAAGCAGCAGGAAUGUAAAUGGCCAUUCCAGUGUACUGACUGACAGUAUCUACAUAAACUGGGACUGUCAUUACUAUUUCUACUGCUUAAAAUGCAGAUGGCAGUACAUGUUACCUAAAUAUUAUUUAUUAAGUUUAAUCCUAAAGUUUCAAUGUUCAACUGAAAAGGUUCCCUAUCCUCACUUACAUUUGAUUAUUAUUAUUAAUCUUUGCAAUGGGUUUGCACAUUCCUUUGUUUCCUAAAUUAUUUAAUGUCAUCAUUUUGAUACAGUUUGAUACAAGUUUGAUAUAAAUUAUUUAUUCAUCAGUAUGAGUAUUAAUGAGUCUUUGGAACAUUAACAAUUUUUUCCACUGGAAAAGGGGGGGAGGAGGGGAGGUCUGGCAUGUGCUGUUACAAAAGCUCCUUCAAAAACUACAUCUGUGAUUUUUAUUUUAUUGGGGGAGGCGGGGUUGGAGCUAUUUUUACCAUGCAAAACCAAAAAACAAAAUGAAUAGAGCUAAAAGUUGCCUCUAUUCUAAUGUUGAGGCCAAGUUCUCCUUCGGGCCAGAUAUUUCUCUUCUGAUGUCACUCAACUUUGCUGGAGGGGGAGGGAUGUCAGGAAGGACAGGCUGAGGGGGGUGGGGAGGCAUGGGUGGAGUGUUGUGCAUAGAAUUUAAAUUAGCCAACACGCUGCUCUUGUUGCGGACUGCCUAAGGGCGCCCCAAUGACGUUGCCAAAGGUGGAGUUAUAGCUUUGGAAUAAUUUCCUUAUGUACAGUAUUUCAAAGCAACAGACUUAAGGUACCGUGACCACUUUGAAUCACUGAAGUUGUGAUGGUGCUUGGAGUAUCCCUUUAACUUACCAGUUGUGUUUAAAAUACAACCCUCAACUGGCUGGUACUGCUCAUGCCUUUGCCAUAUAUUACUGGAGGUGGAUCUUUCAUAUCUAGCUAACUGUAGGCCAUUGUUUAAACUAGAAGACUGAGAUUUUAUUUAGAUGGUGAAUGUUCCAUUUAGGAAACUCCAAGUAUUAUUUCUCCAUUAUGAUUUCUGAGGUUACAUAGGCUGAAAAGAUGAAAACGUGUGUCCAUUAAGUUCAGCCUUCCUCACAUUAGUUUUUUGCUGUUGAUCCAAAAGAGGUAAUAUUACUUUGGCAAACACUUUGUGGUUUGAUGUUCUUUCAUAACGUACAGUAAACCACUUUAAUAUGUAUAUACGCACUAAAUACUAACCAGAAGAGAUUAAUGUAAUUGUAAUUUAUCGAUCCAAUGAGUAAAGUGGACAUCUUUCAUUUGGGCAUCCAGGAGGUUUUCUGUAAUUUGGCACAAUGUACAUCAUGAGCAGGACAUAAGAUGUUUUCUAACUCAGACUUGUUGUCCAGAUCAGUCGUUUUUAAGAGAGGAACCUACAUUAUAAAAAUGGAAUUAGUUUGAUGACUCAUGUGUUAGUUAUAAACUUGCCUAAGUGACUCUGGAACAUUUGUAAGAGGACAGAUAUGACAUAUCUCAAUGGUUCCAUCUGCCAUGAGUUGAAGAACAAUAUACGAAAGAAGAUCUUCCAUCCCACUCUCUAUUUAGGAUAGAUAUGUUUUGUUUCCCAUUUUCACGUUAUCCGUUUACUCUGCAAAUUAGAGGCACAUUAUAUUAAUCCAUGUCUGUGUUCUUCCUGUAGGUAACUUCACAAAGAUGCCCGGCACAGUGUGGACAGUGCCCUGACGAAGUCCCUAGAUGUGCUCCAUCUGUCCCACUUGUGCUGGAUGGUUGCGCCUGCUGCCCAGUAUGUGCCCGCCAACAAGGAGAAAGCUGCUCGGAAGUGCAUCCCUGCCAAGAAGAAAAGGGUCUAUACUGCGACUUCAGUGCAGACCUCAGUGCCGAAUCCGGCAUUUGCAUGGGUAAGGUUUCUACUAAAACAGUUUAUAAACUCUAUUAUCACUAUAUAAUAUAAUAGAUCUCUUAUACAAGAUGCAAUUGACUCCAUAAAAUAGUGGCUCCAUAGAAACAGUAAUGCAUAUUCACUAACAGUUAAGAUCAUUUAUUAAAAAUGUGAAACUGAAUGAAUUCCCUUACAGACAUUCUUGGCACAUCUAGUUCCUUAUAUGUGCCAAGAAUGUGAACAAAAGUCUCCACCAACCUGAAAGCAUGGUUUCUCUGUAAAACUACCUAUAGCGGAUUCUAGAGUUUAUGAUCCCUAGUAAUUCACCAAGUACUUGAGAUGUAAUUUUUAGCUAAUGGAGGCUGUUUUCAUGGUACUUUUUUUUUUACCAUAUCUACAUCUUGAUAACAAAGGCUUGAUUUUCUUUCUACACUAGCACUAGAAGGCAGCAACUGUGUGUUUGAUGGAGUUCUUUACCGGAAUGGUGAAUCGUUCCAACCGAGUUGCAAGUACCACUGUUCCUGCCAAGAUGGACAGAUUGGCUGCGUUCCUCGGUGCAACCUCGACCUUUUGCUUCCAGGCCCAGACUGCCCAUUCCCAAGAAAAAUCAAACUUCCUGGAGAUUGCUGUGAAAAGUGGGUUUGUGAUUCUAAAGAAGAGGUUGAGAUUGGAGGCUACGCAAUGGCUGGUGAGAACAUUUUCAUUUAGAAAUAUUAUUUAGAAAUAUACGCUUUACAUGUAGCAUCAUUUUAUUUUGAAUUCUCUAAAUUGUGAAUGUUGUGAAUGUAGCGAUUCGUCUCAUUAGAAUUUUGUUCAACAAACGUUAUUCAGGAAAAUUAUUCUGACAAAAAUGGGUCAGUCAUCCACAAAUAAAUACAUAAUAUAAUUAUUAUGUAUAUAUUUUGUAGUAUAUUGAUAGGAGCAUUUCCCCACCAUUUGGUUAAGAGAUAAAGUAAGAAAAAAUAACCAAUAGAGGGAAAAAGAAGAGGGACAGUAGUAAAUCUGUAUUUAUAUAUGUUUUUAUAUAUUUAUAAAAUAUAUCAUGUAUAAAUAUAGGUUGUUGUUAUUUUUAUUGCUCCAAACAUAUUUUAUUAGAAACAAAAUAAAAAUAUCAGUAUAACUCAGUUGUCAUAAUUAUUAUUGUUGUUGUUAUUCAUGCAGCGCCAGCAUAUUCCAUAGCACUUUACAAUAAUAUCAGAGGGGUUAAAUUUAACAAUAAACUAUAAUAUUUUUUUUAUAUAUAUUUCCCUAGCAUAUAGACCAGAGGCUACUCUUGGAAUUGAUGCUUCUGAUGCGAGUUACAACUGUAUUGAACAAACAACUGAAUGGAGCGCCUGCUCUAAAACAUGUGGAAUGGGCCACUCAUCGAGGGUGACAAACCGCAACCGACGCUGUGAGAUGCAGAAACAGGUCCGUCUGUGUAUGGUACGACCCUGUGAAAAAGACACGGAAAAACCCAUGGAAAAGGUACGUCCCAUGGAAUAAGAUUAAACAAAAUUGUCCAACUGACAGCAAGAUUGCAAUGAGUGCAUUUGAAAUUUAAAUUAAACUAGGAUAGAAUAUUGCGUCUCAAAAGGCCAUUUUACAAAGAGUUACAGGUGGGGAGAAUGUUCUGUACACCUUCCCACUUGUCAUCGAGGGCAGACUUCCCCCCCCCUCUGAUUUGUAUGCCACUGAGUAGGAUAUCACUAGCGGGGAUAUCCCAGCUUCUUCCAGAAAGAGGUGUAACUUACAACUAUAACUGAAUAAUUAUUGCAAUUAGCUAAUGAGUGUAGAUUGUUUUGGAUUCUACAUCUGAUGGGGCAAAUAGCUUCAAUAGUACCUUUUCUGGUGAUCUAGUGGUAGGAGUAGGCAAUUGGGUGCUUUACGUGGCGCAGAGUGACUUACAGUGUGUAACAGAGUUGAUGGAGUUCAAGAGUGAGAUAUUUUGGUUGGCAGCAGGGACAUUUGUUGUGUAGUAUUGUCUCUAGACAAUUAUUAAAACACAGCAAUUAACAAACCAUUCUGAAUUAUUUUAACCCAAUUCCCAUAUAUAAGCAGAGUGUAGCCAUUUUAUGUCUUGUUACUUUUAAUAUGUUCUUCAAUUCUGCCUUCAAAAAAACCAAAAUAAUCAGACUGUAAGCGGCCAUCUUUAAUUCUUAAAGACACCGAAGAAGGCUGGUUUUCAACUUGUACAAGGAUGUAUAAACAGUGUGUAUUGUAUUUAGAACUGGAUUUCACAAUAUAAAAUAAAGCAUUCUAAAAAUCAAUUUAUUUUUCAGAAGGGAAAAAAAUGUCUGCGACUGAAAAAGUCAGUAAAAGCCAUCCAUCUGGAAUACAAGAACUGCACCAGUAUCCAAGCAUACAAGCCUAAAUUCUGUGGGAUUUGCAAAGAUGGUCGAUGCUGUACCCCCCAUAGUACCAAAACCACUCAAGUAGAAUUUCAGUGUCCUAACAAGAAAGUCUUCAAGAAACCAGUCAUGGUCAUCCAUAGUUGCGUUUGUCAUCACAACUGUCCCCAGGACACAAGCCUUCUUCAAAUAGACAAUGCAAUGUUCCCAGGACUGAAAAUAUAACAGAUUUAUAUAUUGAUUAUCUCAAUCACUGUUUAGAUUCUUCAGUUUCAGAAGAGUUUUAAAUUCUUAACAUGACUUCCUACUUUUAGUGUUAUGGUAGGGAGAUCUGUGGAGUUAGUACAUCCUUAGAGUAUAUAUAGAGUCUAUAGAGUGCUUAAGGAUCUUGAACAAAUUAGCCAUUGGCAAUUACUGACGGUCGACUUAUUUUUGUUGAUUUCAUUAGGUGAAAUAUUCUUGAAAUCAGCAAGAUAAUUUAGUCCAUGAUCUGUUUUAAAUUGAUUUGUAAAAUUGUAUAUAAAGUAAUUUAUAGUUUAAGGGUGAAAAUUCUAUUACUAUAAUAUUUGUUUCAAGGGACAGUCUUAGCACCAAAAUCAUUUCAACAAGUAAUUUUGGGUUAUAAAUCAUUACAACAUGCAAUUUUGGGGUAUAGAUCCCAACCUUGAGUAGAUCCCAACCUUGAAUAGCACAGUUUACGUGUGACGGUUUCCACUUCUACUAGUGGCUGUUAUUAAUUCAUACAGCCAUUUGGGGCGUCAGAAUUUAUUAGAUUAUGUUAUUGAAUCUAUAUCAUGACGCUUGAGGCUGUGUGAGUCCAAUGCUUCUCUGUGAGAAGUACCAGACCGGUGGAUCUGCUUGCACAGUGUGUCCUCAUUUUCCCUUUGCCUGUCUUGGCACUGGAUAAAAUGGUAAGUGUAAUUGUGUAUUUUUAAUGAUUAGGAAAGGGAUAGAGCUGUAUUGUAAAUCAUAUAUAAUAAUAAAUAUUAGUGUUUCUUUAAGGUGUGUGUGUGUGUGUGUGUGUCUGUCUGUAUAUAUAUAAUUGUGUGAUGUGAAGUGUGAAAUGUUACUACACCAGCCCCUGUCUCUAUCAUAGAUUAGGACUUAAGAUUCCAAGAUUUACACUACUAGCCAAGCUUUAAAACUUACUUGCCCCUAUACACCUGGAGGGUACAUGGCAGACUCUUCGGGGUGAAUUUCUUGUCUCCAGGGCGAAAUUCGUACUGCUUUUUUAUAAAUGAUUUACAAACAAAAAUUUAUUUUCUUUACACCUGCUGUAAAACACACUUUUGUGCCGAGCCUUCUAUAAGGGGUGUGUGUCUUGGAUAUAACAAAUCACAGAAUCUAAAGCAAGUCUGACAAUCAGAUAACAAAGACUCUCUAGAAAAUGGACUUUGGUCUUUUUUUUUUGCUCACCUGUGGUGCCUGUAUACCAAAUGAAGAGUUAAAUUAUAAGAAUGACUUUUCCAUGAUUUGUACAUGAUCUGUGAUUCUGCAAAAUAAUAUGAGAUGUUACACUGCAAACAGGUUAUGAUUGUAUAAGUGUGUACUGUCUUAUUUCAGGUUUCCAAAUAUAAACAUAAGACUUUUGUAUUUUUUAAUAUAUUUCAGUUCACCUGCUAUAUAUAUAUUUGUAUGUACCAUUUCUCUAAAAUUUUAAUAUACAAAAUAUUUGUAAAAAAUAUUUUUGAUGUCAUAUACUCUUGUUAUAAUAAAGGAUAUGUUGUAGGUGUUUGUCUGCUCUACGGAAAAAAAAGAGAAAGGACGAAUUGAUGUUUAAUGAAUAGCUGUAAAUAUGACCUGUAAAAAAAUAUGAAAUAGCCAUUUUUUGUGAUUCCCAAUUUACGAUUCUCCAAGGAUACAUUGUGCUGAAAGUGCUGUCAUUGUUAAUUAAUUAUUGGCCGGUGAAUUUGAAAAAUUUCAGCUCUGCAACUUUGGCCGAAUAUGUGCAAUUCUAGCUCUUCAACUUCUGGCAUUCUGAGCAAUAACUCCAUAACUGCACUGUAUGCUCUACUGUAAGAUAGGUUAUCUUCAAACUAACAUUAAAAAUUGUCAGUGUCUUUAAUUACCACUGUUUAGAAUUGUCUCUAUAAGUAUUUAAUGUGUUUAAGAUACUGUUUUAAAUAUAACAUAUGUAUGUAUAUUUGUAUAUAUGAAAUUAUUACACAAUGUAAAAUUGAUUUUUGUUUACUUUGUGAUACUGUAUAUUUUAUUUUAAUGUUUGUAACCUUUUUUAAUAAAAAAAAAAAAAAGCCGAUAUACAUUUUUAUAUUUCAAUCUGAG